CAGGAGACCAAGAAGAAAACCUGGAGAUGAGACCUGAAGAAAGAUGUUACCAGGUUGCCCCUGUGCUCUGUGAAGAGUCAGACUCUGUUUCAGGAAAUCCCACCAUCAUUAUAGAUGAAGAAGAUGGCAGUCCCCAAAUCUGCCGUGUGUGUGGGGACAAGGCCAAUGGCUAUCACUUCAAUGUCAUGUCAUGUGAAGGCUGCAAGGGGUUCUUCAGGAGGGCCAUGAAGCGCAAUGUCCAGCUGAGGUGCCCCUUCCGCAAGGGCACCUGCGAGAUCACGCAGAAGACUCGGCGGCAGUGCCAGGCCUGCCGCCUUCGCAAGUGCCUGGACAGCGGCAUGAAGAAGGAGAUGAUCAUGUCUGAGGCUGCAGUGGAACAGAGGCGGGCCCUGAUCAAGAUGAGGAAGAAGGCACGCAUGGAGGCUCAGCUGUCCACUGUGCCCGGGCUGACCCAGGAGCAGCGCAUGUUGAUCGAGGAGCUGAUGGACGCUCAGUCAAAAACCUUCGACACCACCUUCUCCCACUUCAAGGAUUUCCGGCUACCAAAGGUGUCUGGCAGUGACCAUGUAAUCUCAGAGUUCCUGCAGAAUUCAGUGAGAGAACCAUCUCUCAGCUGGGAGGAAAUCAGGAAAGAGCUCUGUCCCGUGAAAGUCUCUCUACAGCUGCGGGGGGAAGAUGGCAGUGUCUGGAACUACAACCCCCCUGACUAUGGGGAUGGAAAAGAGAUCAUCCCCAUGCUGCCCCACCUGGCUGACAUGUCAACCUACAUGUUCAAGGGAGUCAUCAACUUUGCAAAAGUCAUCUCCUACUUCAGGGACUUGCCCAUUGAGGACCAGAUCUCCCUGCUGAAGGGGGCCACCUUUGAAAUGUGCGUACUGAGGUUCAACACGUUGUUCAACUCAGAGACGGGGACCUGGGAGUGUGGCCGGCUGGUCUACUGUUUUGAAGACCUUGAAGGUGGCUUCCAGAAACUUCUACUGGAUCCUAUAAAAUUCCACUACAUGCUGAGAAACCUGCAGCUGCACAAGGAGGAGUAUGUGCUGAUGCAGGCCAUCUCCCUCUUCUCCCCAGAUCGCCCUGGUGUAGUUCAGCGUAGCACAGUGGACCAGCUACAGGAGAGAUUUGCCCUCACCCUGAAGGCCUACAUUGAGUGCAAUCGGCCACAGCCUGCUCACCGGUUCCUGUUCAUGAAGAUCAUGGCUGCACUCACAGAGCUACGGAGCCUCAAUGCCCAGCAUACCCAGCAACUGCUGCGAAUCCAAGAUGCCAGCUACUCCUUUACCACCCCGCUCAUUCAGGAGCUGAUCAGCAACACAGAUGACUGAGCAGCUGUCCCUAGGAGAGGGCUCAGUGGGACAGGUGGACCUAGAGCCCUCUGAGCUGUCACUUCCUGGGCUACACAGAUUGGCACUGUGAUAGCUAACAAUGCCUUGUGACCACAUCUGGCUGCCAUUCCUCCAGAAGGGGACACAGUUUAGCAAAGGAAAACCACAGACCCUAUUUGAACAAUGCUGGAUUUACAACCAGGCCUAUCACGGAGGCAAAGGGGCCCUCCCCUGUGCUCUGUGACCAAAUCCCUAAAUACCACUAAGUCCAAAAUUUCACAGAAGUGUUGUGGCUGGGAGAAGGAAGGGGUUACCAGGCCUGGGCCAAGUGGCAGUCCACACUCAUACACUAGCUCAUUGGCU